AAAAUAUUUUAACACUGCUGGAUUAAACAUUUUGAAAUAACAGCACAUUUUAUACAAUCUCCCCAUUUAAGUAUUUUGCAAUUGGCUUCAGAUCAAUUUUUUAGGUAUGUGUGUUUGUUUGCUUCGUUAGUGCACGCACAAAAGAGCUGUCAAUGUCUUUGUCUUCAUUCUAAUGAGUCAGUUGUUGGUAUCUGACAACAGAAGGACCUAAUCAGUUGUUUGGUACAUUAUGAAGAGGAAACAAAACAUUGGUUAGCUCAGCAAUGGCAAAUAAUCUGCUAGAACAAGGGAGACUUCUACAGUGGGAGACACUGUAUAUAGAAUAGUACAAUCUGUGGGGUUGAACAAUGGCAUCUGCUAGUCCACCACUCCACCUCUAAAAAUGAUAAAAGCAACAAUCAGCUUUCCAUUGUACUUUUAAAUUAACUUACUUGGUUUGAAAUGAUUUGUUUUAAAGGGUGGAAUAACUCAUGCCUCUACCUAAUUCACUGACCAGGAAACCUGGCAAGAGGCACAGGUGUGAAAACAAAAGAGAAUUGCAUGUCUAGUCACACUGAAUAUGAUGAGGUGUCAGCAGGCUUGAGAAAUCAAAAGACUCCAAUAAGAAAAGAAAAAUCUAAAGGAAGAAAAAAACAUGCCAAGGAAAUAGGCAAGCAGAUUUUGAUUUCAGGGGUAUGAGAUGUCUGGCUCACUGUGCAUACAGUGUCAAACACAAACAACUGUGUUUAGUAAAACCUGCAACAGUUGUUUUAUUAGCCAUCCAAAGGACAAGAUGUUAGAAGAAAUUAAGAAGUAUGACAAUGAAUGGACAGACAAUGAUUGCCUCCAGUAUAAUAAUAUUUCUCAGAUACUGACCUCCACUAAAGUAUUGCUCUACAAAUUACAAACUCUGGGAUUUGUCCCCCUUCUCCUGCUUGGAAAAAGGAGAAGGGGAUCAAAACAUAUUGACAUGGAAUCCUUUUGCCCUCACCCUAAAGUCAUAGAAGAAACUGGCUCUAUUGAAACACUGAGAAACAUUUAUUUAGGUCUCCUGAAUGUCACUCUUGGCAAAGAAUGCCAGUGCUCCCCACUAUCACCCGAGUCGGAAGGGACACAGGCCGACAUGGAGGGAACCCCUACACCAGCAGAGCUGCAUCGAAUACCCAUAUCCAUCCGCCUGAACAUCAUUCCCACACCAACAGAGACUGGUCAACCCAACACACCGACCAAUCCGGUGGGAAGCCCUACUACAGUAAUUCCACCAGGAACCCCUGCCCCAUCCAAGCAAGAUGGAAUCCCCAUCUCCAUCCGACUGAACAUAAUCCCCACACCAACAGACUCAGGCAAACCAUCGACCCCGACUAACCCAGUGGGAAUCCCUAAGCAAACCAAUCCAGUGGGAACUCCUACAGCAGUUGUUCCAUAUGAAACACCUGCACCAACUAAGCUAGAUGGAGUCCCUAUAUCUAUCUGCAUGAACAACAUCCCCAUUCCAGUAGAACAAUGCAAACCAUCCACUCUGACCAAUGUAGUGAGAACCCAUACAAAAAUCAAUUCAGUGGAAACCCUUGCACCAACAGUGGUCGACGGAAUCCCCACAUCCAUCGGACUGAAUAAACUCUCCUCACCAAUAGAGCCAGGCAAGCUGUCCACCUCAGUCUAUCCAACGGGUACCCUUUCACCAAAAGAUCCUGUGGGAAGCCCUGCACCAGUUGAACAAGACAUACUCCCCUUAGCAUCAGACCCAGGAAAAACCAAGCUAGAUGAAAUCCCCACAUACAUCUGCCUGAAAGGAAUCCCCACAUCUAUUUGCCUGAACGGAAUACCCACACCUAUACAUAAAAAAACCUCCCGACCAAUACAGCCCAAAAUCCCCAGACCAAUACAGCCAAAACUACACACUCCAAUACCGGCAAGCAAAGCCUCCCCAACUACUCAUUCAGUGGAAAGCCCUGUUGCAAUAAAUGAAACAUAUGACUAUUCUGAACUUCAGGACCAAGAAAUGCAAAGGCUAAAAAGAAAGAAUUGGAUGGAUGGAGAUUUAAUUGAAGUUGAAGAUGAUGACACCUCUACACAAGAACAUAAGAAAAUCAAGAUCACAGAUGUUCCUUACCGUGUACCUCAGCAACAAUGACCAGCAUUUUACAGAGGUGCCUGUUACACCGGAAACUCUGUGUCGUGAUGUGGUGGAGCUAUGCAAGGAGCCAGGGGAAGGAGAAUGCCACCUUGCCGAGAUGUGGCGAGGCACAGAACGCGCCAUUGCUGAUGGGGAGCGAAUUCUGGAUGUGCUCCAGCAUUGGGGACAGCAAAGGGGGGAGGUGCACUUCCUCCUGCGCCAUGACAGGGCGCCCUGUCGGGAGUUAGGUGGAUCAAGAUUUUCUGAGCACUUGGCCAAAAGGAACAAGGUCCCUGCAGAACGGUGCAAGGAGAAUGGGGUGGUUGCUCCUCGCAUGGACAUCACCCUUUCGGAACUGCAGGAGAUGGCAUCGCGGCAACAGCAGCAAAUCUAUUCUCAGCAGCAGCUCCUUGCCUCAAAGGAGCAGCGUCUGCGUUACUUGAAAAUUCAAGAGCAGCGACAGCAACAGCAGCAGGCUUCGGAGCAGGAGAGGCUGCGGCAACUCCAAGAAAAUGCAGAAAACCAGGAAGCCAAGCUACGACGCGUGCGGGCCCUUAAAGGUCAAGUGGAGCAGAAACGCCUCAGCAACAGCAAAUUGGUUGAAGAGAUAGAGCAAAUGAAUGGGCUGUUUCAGAGUAAACAGCGGGAGCUCCUGGUGGCUGUAUCCAGAGUGGAGGAGCUUAGUAGGCAGCUAGAGACCUUGAAGAGUAUCAAGAUUGAGCCUUCACAUGAUGGCUCAGGCUCCACUGGUGAGCUGGAGCGUCUUUACAAGGAACUGCAGCUAAGGAAUAAGCUGAACCAGGACCAGAAUGCAAAGCUGCAGCAGCAACGUGCGAAUCUGAGCAAGCGCAACCUGGAGGUGGCCACCAUGGACAAGCGGGUGGCCGAGCUCCGCGAACGCCUGUGGAAGAAGAAGGCAGCACUUAAGCAGAAGGAGAACUUGCCCGGCCCCACUGACAGCCAUGCUCCACAGUCGUGUGGAAACUCCAGGGUGGCAGCUGUGGGCCCUUACAUCCUGUGCUCUGCAGCAGCCAGAGGGCCUCCAAUGCCCAGCCAAAAAGAACUGCCGGUCAAGCCUGCCUACCCCGAUGGCACCACUGCCUUACCCAUACCAGACUCCUCCAUUAAGGCCCCUCCUAGGCUGCUUAAACCCUACACAGGUUUACAGUCGUCAAAAACAUCUAAGCUGUCCGACUGGUCCAGUCCCUGUGCAGAGUCGGGAGGCAUCCAUCGUGGCAUGUCCUCUACACUUCCUCGAAUGUCCAGUGUCUCCUCACAAGACUCAGGAGUUGCAGAGACCCUGAAGGACCAAAAAGGACGUGUUAUUUCAACAUUUGAAGCACCAACUCUCGCCCUUUCACGGAACAACCAUAGCAGCGAGGACCUCUUGACGGAUGUCCAGGCUGGUGGUGGUAAGGGUGUCAGCAAGGUGCCACCGCCUAUCCCUUCAAAGCCUCCAAAUUUUGGCAAGCCACUGUACAGCACAGGCACCUUCCCAGGCAAGGCCAAGCAAGCGGCCUCCCUGCAUCCGUGGGCACCUCCGGCCAUCACAGGACACAGCCAGACACUGCCCCUGCCCACCAAGCAGGAGGUUCCACCGGCAGUCGCUGUGCGUCCCUUUAACCAGGAUCCUCCAGAGCAUACCGCGGCGCCACCAGUUCUCCAGAAGCCUCAGACUGUGGCGGCCUCCUCCAUCUACUCCAUGUACACCCAGCAGCCCAGGACCGGCGGAGGAACUCUAACCCGCACACAGCCCAGAGUGUAUGGUAAGCCAGUCAUCCCAGGCAGUGUGGGGCAGCAGCCACUCCUCCAGGACUCCACCUAUCCGGGGGCCUGUGAUUCCGAGACAGACCUUGGGCUUUCCGGCUUGGCAGCUCCAGCUCCAGAAAGCGUUGGGGUUCAGGAGAUGGAGAGAGCCCCCCGUCCCCUCAGCCCCACCAAGCUCCUCCCCUUCGUCUCACACCCUCAGCGGCACCCCAGCGACGCUGAUCUGGAGGCCCUGCGCCGCCGGCUGCACCACGCCCCGCGGCCCCUUAAGAAGCGCAGCUCCAUCACGGAGCCCGAGGGCCCCAUGGGGCCCAACAUCCAGAAGCUCCUAUACCAGAAGACCACACUGGCCGCCAUGGAGACCGUUGUGGCGUCCCCCUACGAAGGAGAAGGGGGAGAAACUGGAAAAGAGGACGGAGUUGGAGACUGCGUUACAGGAUUAUCCAAAGUCGUCGCUCCCGGCGAGAACGAAAAAGACACCCGGGUUCCGCCCCCUCUGCCUCCACGUUCUCCCGUCCAGGAGCCACCUUCCUCUGGCCAUUCCUUCCCCCCACCACCGGAGGAAGAAGAGCCGGAGGCCAGCCCUCCACCACCCCACCAGCCAGAGGUCUACCUGGACGAGUACCCGCCCUACCCACCCCCUCCAUACCACAACACAGAGCAGGACUUGGGGGAGGACACCACCAACAUGCAGGCACCAGAAGUCACGGGACAGGUCAUUCUGCCACCGGGCAAGAGGACCAACCUACGCAAGGUCGGCUCGGAGCGCAUUGACCACGGCAUGCGGGUCAAAUUCAAUCCUCUGGCAUUGUUACUGGAUUCAUCUCUGGAGGGGGAGUACGACCUGGUACAAAGGGUCAUCUAUGAUGUUGAUGACCCCAGUCUCCCCAAUGAUGAGGGCAUAACAGCCCUGCACAACGCUGUCUGUGCUGGCCACACCGAAAUUGUCAAGUUCCUGGUGCAGUUUGGGGUGAACGUGAAUGCUGCGGACAGCGAUGGCUGGACCCCACUGCACUGCGCCGCCUCCUGUAACAACGUGCAGGUGUGUAAGUUCUUGGUGGAGUCCGGGGCAGCCGUGUUUGCCACCACCUACAGCGACAUGCAGACGGCAGCAGACAAGUGUGAGGAGAUGGAGGAGGGCUAUGCCCAGUGCUCCCAGUUCCUCUAUGGUGUGCAGGAGAAGAUGGGAAUUAUGAACCGCGGGGUGGUAUAUGCCCUUUGGGACUACAAGGCAGAGGGCGACGACGAGCUGGCUUUCCAGGAAGGCGACUGCAUGACAGUUCUGAGGCGCGAGGACAAGGAUGAGACAGAGUGGUGGUGGGCGCGCUGUGGUGACCAAGAGGGCUACAUUCCACGGAACCUGCUAGGUCUGUACCUGCGAAUCAAGCCAAGGCAGAGGAGCUUGGCCUAAAUUAUGCCUGCACAUUUCAUGCUACUCCCCGGAAAUCACAACAAUUUGAAGAACAAGAUGUAAAAAAAUAUAUAUCAAGCACUACAUUUCAUGCUUUUGGUCCAUUGGACAUGUUUGUGAAGGACUAUGCUUUAGUAUUUUCAACCUAUGUGCUGUUUCCAUUUCACUGCAGGAAUGUAUACACCAUGCAACAUUUCAAAUGGAGAUGUUUCUAAACAGUACUUUUGUGUAGAAGUGUGUUUUUUUUCUGAGCACACUCAUUUUGUAAGAGUUUGUAAAAGUGGCAGUUUGAAUUGUAGUUUUUUAUGCCAUGCCAAGAGACAAACUUAUACAUGCGCACAAGAAGGAAUUAACUAAGAAAACAACCAUUGGUUGUCUACUUGACCAUAUGAUCUUACUUGUUCGGGGGGAUAGUUCCACCCAGAUUUUAUAAUGUAAUGUUGCGGUUGUGUUAUAGUUUUUUUUUUACAAACAUUUGUUACAUUUAAUUUGUUUUGUUAUGUGAGUACUUUAUGUAGCUUGGCAUGUUGUGCUAUGAAAAGCAAGUAAUGAAUGUUGAAUGCACAUGCUUAACAGGCCUUGUGCCACAUCACCUCCAAAUCCAAUGCUUAAUUUUCUGUCUGGUCCAAUUGCAGGGCUGCCCAAAGCUGCUCCUAGAGUUAACAUCAGGAGGGUGGGUCUCCAGGAACUGGGUUGGGCAUGCCUGCACAUUGACUAGGCAGAAUGACUAGCAUUUCUUUGGUAACACUUUUUAUAUUAACAUUCAUGAUUAAGCAUUGAACAUGCACACCAAUGCUUUACCAAUGUAAUAAUAGAGUAGACCUUUUAUAUUUUAUUUAUGCUUAGCGUGUACAUUAAAGCCCAAAAAGUGUUGGGAGAAAUUUAAACCACUGACAAUUAUAUAACGUUGCUUUCAGUUAAAGUGCAAAAAUCACAUUAAGGGUGCAAUUCAGUCGGACCCGCAGUGCAGUAGUUAUGUAGAUCUUUCCUGAAUGGUAAAAUGAACUCGGAGCUUAGUAUUUGGUUCUGUAUAAAAACCUACCACAAUUAACCCCACACACUGGUAAGCCUUUCAGAAAUAAGUUUAGCUGUGGGAAGUUAAUUGUAAAUUAAGUCAAGUCCUAUACUUUGCUAUGGUGGGUUUCUAUGAGUUGCAGCCUAAAUGUGUUUUGUGAAAAAUCUGUGUUGACUAUCAAGACAAAUAGGUUUAGCUCUUAGAAACAAAAUAAAAACAUUUGCACAAAUA